AUGAGACACAAUGUUCAGAAAAAUAUCUUCAGCGGUUAUGUUACAAAUGAUACAGCUUCUUCUACUGUACAACCUAACAGACUGAUGGACUAUGGUGACCCACAAAUUGAUGAAUCAAACCAAGGUGACACACUUGAUGAUCAUCAAGCCAAGGUGACCUCCAGACUAACAGGCAAGCCUAGUUCCCAUGGUGUGAGAUCUAUAGACCCUAGCACUCAUGGUGUGGGAUCUAUAGACCCUAGCUCUCAUGGUGUGAGAUCUAUAGACCCUAGCACUCAUGGUGUGAGAUCUAUAGACCCUAGCACUCAUGGUGUGGGAUCUAUAGACCCUAGCUCUCAUGGUGUGAGAUCUAUAGACCCUAGCACUCAUGGUGUGAGAUCUAUAGACCCUAGCACUCAUGGUGUGAGAUCUAUAGACCCUAGCUCUCAUGGUGUGAGAUCUAUAGACCCUAGCUCUCAUGGUGUGAGAUCUAUAGACUCUAGCUCUCAUGGUGUGGGAUCUAUAGACCCUAGCUCUCAUGGUGUGAGAUCUUUAGACCCUAGCUCUCAUGGUGUGAGAUCUAUAGACCCUAGCUCUCAUGGUGUGAGAUCUAUAGACCCUAGCUCUCAUGGUGUGGGAUCUAUAGACCCUAGCACUCAUGGUGUGAGAUCUAUAGACUCUAGCACUCAUGGUGUGAGAUCUAUAGACUCUAGCACUCAUGGUGUGGGAUCUAUAGACAAUAGCUCUCAUGGUGUGAGAUCUGUAGACCCUAGCUCUCAUGGUGUGGGAUCUAUAGACCCUAGCUCUCAUGGUGUGAGAUCUAUAGACAAUAGCUCUCAUGGUGUGAGAUCUGUAGACCCUAGCUCUCAUGGUGUGAGAUCUAUAGACCCUAGCUCUCAUGGUGUGGGAUCUAUAGACCCUAGCUCUCAUGGUGUGAGAUCUUUAGACCCUAGCUCUCAUGGUGUGAGAUCUAUAGACCCUAGCUCUCAUGGUGUGAGAUCUAUAGACCCUAGAUCUCAUGGUGUGGGAUCUAUAGACCUUAGCUCUCAUGGUGUGGGACCAAUAAUCCCAAAUUUCCAUGAUGUGAGACCAAUGUCUACAGAGACUAUCCCUAACUUCCAUGAUGUGAGACCAAUGUCUAUAGAGACUGUCCCUACCUCCCAAGAUGUGAGACCAAUGUCUAUAGAGACUAUCCCUAACUUCCAUGAUGUGACAGAUCCUUACAGCUCCCACACCAUACAGGUGACAGAUCCCUACAGUUCCCACACCAUACAGGUGACCGAUCCUUACAGUUCCCACACCAUACUGGAGACAGGUCCCCACAGCUCCCACACCAUACAGGUGACAGAUCCCUACAGCUUCCACACUAUACAGGCUAAAGAUCCCUACAGCUCUCACACCAUACAGGUGACAGAUCCCUACAGCUCCAACACCAUACCGGAGACAGAUCCUUACAGUUCCCACACCAUACAGGUGACAGAUCCUUACAGUUCCCACACCAUACAGGUGACCAAUCCCUUCAGUUCCCACCCCAUACAAGUGACAGAUCCCUACAGCUCCCACACUUUACAUGCUAAAGAUCCCUACAGCUCCCACACCAUACAGGUGACAGAUCCCUACAGCUUCCACACUAUACAGGCUAAAGAUCCCUACAGCUCUCACACCAUACAGGUGACAGAUCCCUACAGCUCCAACACCAUACCGGAGACAGAUCCUUACAGUUCCCACACCAUACAGGUGACAGAUCCUUACAGUUCCCACACCAUACAGGUGACAGAUCCUUACAGUUCCCACACCAUACAGGUGACAGAUCCCUACAGUUCCAACACCAUACAGGUGACAGAUCCCUACAGCUCCAACACCAUACAGGUGACAGAUCCCUACAGCUCCAACACCAUACAGGCAACAGAUACCUACAGCUCCCACACCAUACCGGAGACAGAUCCCUACAGUUCCCACACCAUACAGGUGACAGAUCCCUACAGUUCGCACACCAUACCAGAGACAGAUCCUUACAGUUCCCACACUAUACAGGUGACAGAUCCCUACAGCUCCCACAACAUACAGGCAACAGAUCCCUAUAGCUCCCACACCAUUCAGGUGACAGAUCCCUACAGCUCCAACACCAUACUGGAGACAGAUCCCUACAGCUCCCACACUAUACAGGUGACAGAUUCCUACAGCUCCCACUCAAUACAGGUGACAGAUCCUUACAGUUCCCACACCAUACAGGUGACAGAUCCCUACAGCGCCCACACCAUACAGGUGACAGAUCCCUACAGUUCCCACACCAUACGGGUGACAGAUCCCUACAGCGCCCACACCAUACAGGUGACAGAUCCCUACAGUUCCCACACCAUACAGGUGACAGAUCCCUACAGCUCCCACUCAAUACAGGUGACAGAUCCCUACAGCUCCCACACUAUACAGGCGACAGAUCCCUAUAGCUCUCACACCAUUCAGGUGACAGAUCCCUACAGCUCCCACACCAUACAGGCAACAGAUCCCUAUAGCUCCCACACCAUUCAGGUGACAGAUCCCUACAGCUCCCACACCAUACAGGCGACAGAUCCGUACAGCUCCCACUCAAUACAGGUGACAGAUCCCUACAGUUCCCACACCAUACAGGUGACAGAUCCCUACCGUUCCCACACAAUACAGGUGACAGAUCCCUUCAGUUCAUACAUCAUACAGGUGACAGAUUCCUACCACUCCCACACCAUACAGGUGACAGAUACCUUCAGUUCAUACAUCAUACAGGUGACAGAUCCCUACAGCUCCCACAUCAUACAGGUGACAGGUCCCUACAGCUCCCACACUAUACAGGUGACUGAUCCCUACAGGUCUCACACCAUACAGGCGACAGAUACCUACAGCUCCCACACAAUACAGGCGACAGAUCCCUAUAGCUCCCACACCAUUCAGGGGACAGAUCCCUACAACCCCCGCACAAUACAGGCGACAGAUCCCUACAGCUCCCACACCAACCAGCUGACAGAUCCCUACAGUUCCCACACUAUUCAGGAAACAGAUCCCUACAGCUCUCACACCAUACAGGUGACAGAUCCCUACAGCUCCCACACUAUACAGGUGACUGAUCCCUACAGCUCUCACACCAUACAGGCGACAGAUACCUACAGCUCCCACACAAUACAGGCGACAGAUCCUUAUAGCUCCCACACCAUUCAGGUGACAGAUCCCUACAACUCCCGCACAAUACAGGUGACAGAUCCCUACCGUUCCCACACAAUACAGGUGACAGAUCCCUUCAGUUCAUACAUCAUACAGGUGACAGAUUCCUACCGCUCCCACACCAUACAGGUGACAGAUACCUUCAGUUCAUACAUCAUACAGGUGACAGAUCCCUACAGCUCCCACAUCAUACAGGUGACAGGUCCCUACAGCUCCCACACUAUACAGGUGACUGAUCCCUACAGCUCUCACACCAUACAGGCGACAGAUACCUACAGCUCCCACACAAUACAGGCGACAGAUCCCUAUAGCUCCCACACCAUUCAGGUGACAGAUCCCUACAACUCCCGCACAAUACAUGCGACAGAUCCCUACAGCUCCCACACCAACCAGCUGACAGAUCCCUACAGUUCCCACACUAUUCAGGAAACAGAUCCCUACAGCUCCCACAUCAUACAGGUGACAGGUCCCUACAGCUCCCACACUAUACAGGUGACUGAUCCCUACAGGUCUCACACCAUACAGGCGACAGAUACCUACCGCUCCCACACAAUACAGGCGACAGAUCCCUAUAGCUCCCACACCAUUCAGGUGACAGAUCCCUACAACUCCCGCACAAUACAGGCGACAGAUCCCUACAGCUCCCACACCAACCAGCUGACAGAUCCCUACAGUUCCCACACUAUUCAGGAAACAGAUCCCUACAGCUCUCACACCAUACAGGUGACAGAUCCCUACAGCUCCCACACUAUACAGGUGACUGAUCCCUACAGCUCUCACACCAUACAGGCGACAGAUACCUACAGCUCCCACACAAUACAGGCGACAGAUCCCUAUAGCUCCCACACCAUUCAGGUGACAGAUCCCUACAACUCCCGCACAAUACAGGUGACAGAUCCCUACCGUUCCCACACAAUACAGGUGACAGAUCCCUUCAGUUCAUACAUCAUACAGGUGACAGAUUCCUACCGCUCCCACACCAUACAGGUGACAGAUACCUUCAGUUCAUACAUCAUACAGGUGACAGAUCCCUACAGCUCCCACAUCAUACAGGUGACAGGUCCCUACAGCUCCCACACUAUACAGGUGACUGAUCCCUACAGCUCUCACACCAUACAGGCGACAGAUACCUACAGCUCCCACACAAUACAGGCGACAGAUCCCUAUAGCUCCCACACCAUUCAGGUGACAGAUCCCUACAACUCCCGCACAAUACAUGCGACAGAUCCCUACAGCUCCCACACCAACCAGCUGACAGAUCCCUACAGUUCCCACACUAUUCAGGAAACAGAUCCCUACAGCUCUCACACCAUACAGGUGACAGAUCCCUACAGCUCCCACACUAUACAGGUGACUGAUCCCUACAGCUCUCACACCAUACAGGCGACAGAUACCUACAGCUCCCACACAAUACAGGCGACAGAUCCCUAUAGCUCCCACACCAUUCAGGUGACAGAUUCCUACAACUCCCGCACAAUACAGACGACAGAUCCCUACAGCUCCCACACCAACCAGCUGACAGAUCCCUACAGUUCCCACACUAUUCAGGAAACAGAUCCCUACAGCUCUCACACCAUACAGGUGACAGAUCCCUACAGCUCUCACAUCACACAGGUGACCGAUCCCUACAGCUCCCACACCAUGCAGGUGACAGAUCCCUACAGCUCCCACACCAUACAGGUGACAGAUCCCUACAGCUCUCACACCAAACAGGUGACAGAUCCCUACAGCUCCCACACUAUACAGGUGACUGAUCCCUACAGCUCUCACUCCAUACAGGUGACAGAUCCCUACAGCUCCCACACUAUACAGGUGACUGAUCCCUACAGCUCUCACACCAUACAGGCGACAGAUACCUACAGCUCCCACACAAUACAGGCGACAGAUCCCUAUAGCUCCCACACCAUUCAGGUGACAGAUCCCUACAACUCCCGCACAAUACAGGCGACAGAUCCCUCCAGCUCCCACACCAACCAGCUGACAGAUCCCUACAGUUCCCACAAUAUUCAGGAAACAGAUCCCUACAGCUCUCACACCAUACAGGUGACAGAUCCCUACAGCUCUCACAUCACACAGGUGACAGAUCCCUACAGCUCCCACACCAUGCAGGUGACAGAUCCCUACAGCUCCCACACCAUACAGGUGACAGAUCCCUACAGCUCUCACAUCAUACAGGUGACAGAUCCCUACAGCUCCCACACCAUGCAGGUGACAGAUCCCUACAGCUCCCACACCAUACAGGCGACAGAUCCCUACAGCUCCAACAUCAUGCAGGUGAAAGAUCCCUAG